CGGAAUCCCCGCGCGCACCCGGGUUCCGGCUCUGCCCUCCGCCGGCCCGGAGCCUCCGCCGCCCGCACUCCCCGCCACCCGCCGUGUCCCGCAAGUCCCCAGCCCGGGCGCGACGUGCGUCCUCCGAGGCGCUUUGGUGCGGUGACUUUCCGCUUGUUUCCGCCAGUUCCCUCUUUGUCGCUCUGAAAACCGCAGUCCCUCCUCCCCCGAGGGAGUUGGACUUCUCGAAGGCAGCCCCGCGCUCCGCACCGGCUGCUGCGCGGACCCCGCGGCGCGUCCCACGCCUGCGUCGCCCGUCUGCGUUCGUGUUCCUUCGCGGGAGGAGGCCAGCCGAGACUCAUUGAUGCACCCAUUCCAGUGGUGUAACGGGUGUUUCUGCGGCCUGGGCCUGGUCGGCACCAACAAGUCCUGCUCCAUGCCGCCCAUCAGCUUCCAGGACCUCCCCCUCAACAUCUACAUGGUUGUCUUCGGCACGGGCGUCUUCGUCUUCAUGCUCAGCCUCCUCUUCUGCUGCUAUUUCAUCAGCAAACUCCGGAACCAGGCGCAGAGUCAGCGGUAUGGGUACAAGGAGGUGGUCCUCAGGGGUGAUGCCCGGAAGCUGCAGCUAUAUGGGCAGACCUGCGCCGUCUGCCUGGAGGACUUCAGGGGGAAGGCUGAGCUCGGGGUGCUCCCCUGCCAGCAUGCCUUUCACCGCAAGUGCCUAGUGAAGUGGCUAGAAGUGCGCUGCGUCUGCCCCAUGUGUAACAAGCCCCUCGCGGGGCCCUCGGAGGCCGCCCCGAACUUCAGCAUCCUGCUGGACGAGCUGGCGUGACAGUCACAGCUUCCAUCUGCAAGGCCAGCCCGAUGCCACCUUUCUGCCUCCAGAGCCGUCCCCUGCUCUUCAGUGCCCACUGCGGCCCGCCAGGACCGCCACGUCCUGGUAUCGACCAGACCCUGCUCCAGGGACGGGGUCUACCCGCUGCUGCCAGAGACAUGGGACACCCCUGGGGGCUCCCCGGAGAGGGGCGAGUAGGCCUGACGGACACUGACCCACAGCCUUCCUGCCUCUCCCUCCGUGGAGGCUCUGUGAGAGUGGAGCGGGGACGCGGGGUUGAAGUCAGUGUUUACAUGGGACUUCCUGGGACGGCCGCCGUACUGUCCCUGCCCAGCUCUCCCUCGGGCCACCUGGAGCGUCCCCAGGCCUGCAGGGAGGAGCGUGGCCCCUGCUCAAACCCCCUCUGGGGGCUUUCUCCCGAGGAGCAGAGGGGCCUCCCGCUGGACACAGGGUUUCCAUCCCCUCCCAUCUCGAUCCCAGAGUAGCGGAGGGUCUUCUGUUCCCUGAGGGAGCGGGGAGUUAUGUAUUUAAAGAAAAUUAAAUUUAAUAACAAGUUUCUUUAACCCAUUUCUGCCUGCGGUGUGGCCGGGCCACUGGCCCUUCUCGCUGAUCAGGGGGCCGAAGCUCUCUGCCUGCCUCCCCCUCCUUCCCCUCCUCCACGUCAGACACGUCCAUCUGCAGAGUUCCCUGUUCUUAAAGACCAAAGGCGCAUCAGGUCACCCCCUGGCAGCGCGGCCCUAGGCCACCGGCGCACGCGGAGACCUGGCCCAGCAGGCUUGCCCGCCUGAGCCCGGAGUGUGAGGGUCUUCAUGAAGUUGAUGGGAAAAACCAGGUUUCAUAGCCUUUUGCACCAAAAUAAACUCAUACUUGA